AUGGCUGACGGGAAAAGCACUGAACUGCAAAACCAUGCACAUUUGGCACUCCUGGAGAAAUCCCGGGAAUUCUUCCAGAUCUGUGACCGAGAAGAGAAAGGAUUUAUUAACCGAGCAGAUUUGCAGCACCUUCAGACUGAGCUGUCCCUCAGUUCAAACGAACUCCAGGAUGUGUUCGAUGUCCUGGAUGCUGAUCAGAAUGGCUCCCUGACCUUGGAGGAGUUUACCACAGGAUUUAGUCAGUUCCUAUUUGGAGAAAAGACAAUUGUAGACAAGUUAAAGAGGAGCCAGGAUCAGCCCGAGAGCCUGUACCUGAAUCAAUGUACCCAAGAGUUGGUAACAGCUGAUGAUGAUGAGGAGCACCACUUCCAAACCAUGAUGGAGAACCUGGGAGCAAGGAACCUCUUUAAAGACCAACAAGAAAUCCGAAACUUAUGGACACAACUGAGAAAGGAUGAGCCACGUUUACUUAGUCAUUUCGAAGAAUUUCUGGAAAGAGUUUCUAUUCAGAUUCAAGAAGCCAACGAGGAAAGGGAAAUGAUGGAAUUUGCUCUAAAAAGAAAAGCAGCAGAAUACAGUGAAGAAAUAAAACAUCUUUAUAAUGAAAUGGAGCAACAAAUAAAAUGUGAAGAAGAUAAAAUGUUUCAGCAAAAUUCAGAUUCGAGGUCACGAUGCCAAGAACUGGAAUAUGUGCUGAGUGUUAAAGAGCAACAGCAGGAGGAACUUAUUCAAAAGCAAAACAGGCUGGAGAGACAGUGUGUCGAGCUGCUGAGUGAGAAACAAGAGUCAAAGCUAGAGAAUCAGAGGCUACGACAGAUGAAUGAUGAGUUGGAGAAACAUCUCCAAAAAGUGAACAAUGACCUGUUGGGUGUUCAUCGUCAAAUGCAGAUACUGGAGGAAGAAACAUCUCAACAGCACGAAGAAAGAGAAAUGGAGCUAUAUCGAGUGACUGAGGGUCUGGAGAGAGAGAAGUUGAGUCUCUGUAAACAGUUAGAUCUCCUCAGGGAAAUGAAUAAACAUCUUCAAGAGGAACGGGAUAUGUCCCUGAUGGGUUUUCAGAAACCUUCCAUCCGUGGCUCUUCUGCCUUCUGGAAUCAAAGGGUAUCUGUCACCACUGACCCACAUACAGAUCCCAGGCUGUUCUGCAACAGGAAUGGUGAUGACCAGGAAGAACAUAGUAAUUCCAAGAUACUGUCGAAGAAUGUGGGACAUGGGCAUGGACACAGCUUCAUCGGGAAAGAAACCAACAAGGAAUCCAAAUCCAGAACCAGUGAGAGACUGUACUUGCAGAGAAUUAUUUCCAUUGAAGAAGAUCCAUUGCCCCAGUUCCUUGAAAUGCAUUCUACAACCCAGUUAAAUGACUGGACCGAGGUGGAAGAGGAGAUGGAGAAUGAGCAGGAGGAAGAGCUGGUGCAGGAAAGGAAUAGUCCACAGAAUGGACAAGUCCCUUCACUUCCAAGAACGCAGCCUGCUGGUGAAGAAGCUUCGAUGCCGGUCAACGAAUCGCACUCCAAUCCUGACCGUUUAUUUAAAAUCAUUUUUAUUGGCAAUUCCAGUGUGGGGAAAAGUUCUGUUUUAAGAAGGUUUUGUGGCGAGGGAUUUAACCCUGGAAUGUGUGCUACCGUCGGUAUAGACUAUCAUGUGAAGACAGUAAAUGUAGAUAAUUGCCUACUGGCUCUGCAGCUCUGGGACACAGCAGGACAGGAACGGUUUCGUAGUGUCACGAAGCAGUUCUUCCGUAAGGCCGAUGGAGUCGUUCUCAUGUACGACAUCACAGCUGCCACCACCUUUCGCGCUGUUCGGCAGUGGCUGGAGAAUGUGCAGGAGGGAGCAGGCCCUGAGAUCUUAAUCCUGCUCCUGGCCAAUAAAACCGAUCUGGAAAGUAAGCGGCAGGUUGCCAGUGAGGAGGGUCACCGAUUGGCUAAGGAAUGUAAUUUGAUUUUCUAUGAGUGCAGUGCCUUCUCAGGUGUCAAUAUAACUGAAUCCAUGAUGCAUUUGGCCAGACUUCUGAAGGAACUCGAAGAUAAGGAAAAGGAGAAGAUUGUUGAGCUGUGUGAAGAUUCUCCCAAACAGAAAACUUGCUGCUCAAAAUAGUGAGGAGCGUUUGUCACAUCCAAUCACCAGAGGAGCCUUUGUGUUACCUGAGAGGAACACACUUUGUGCUAUUUACAUCUCGCUGCAGG